UGCAUGAACAUUUUUUAAAACUAACUAAUUUGUUCCAUCUCUUCUUAUUCCAUGGCUAGGACAGUGGAUCUAUUCUAAAAGGAAGAGUUCAUUUUGAAAAAAGUUUAAACAUGCACUUAACAUUUUUACUUUUUAUUAAGAAUCACAAUAAACUCUCAGGGUGGAAGAUUUCAUUUUUUAUGUAUUCUGCUGGUUUACAGGCACUUGAAAUAGGCUUGAUAUACAUACAAAAGUGAAUUCCUGACAUCUGGCAGCAUUUUAGAAAAGCAAAUUCUUUCACUAGUAUUUACAUAUCUUUGGGAGCAAUGAUGAUGUUGGUUUUUCUACUGUGGGUCAUCUUGGCUCGAGGUUUUGCAGCUCCUUGUAGUCCAAAUAAAGCAGAUAUAAUUUUGGUAUAUUGUUAUCCUAAAACAAUUAUUACAAAAAUCCCAGAAUGUCCAUAUGGAUGGGAAGUUAAUCAACUGGCUCUUGGAGGGAUUUGCUACAAUGGAAUUCAUGAUGCAGGAUACUAUCAAUUUACCAUCCCAGAUUUGUCACCCCAAAACAAAUCAUACUGUGGAACACAAUCAGAUUUUAAAAACCCUGUCUAUCAUUUCUAUAACUCUAUCAUCUCCAAUGAUAGCACCGUCAUUGUGAAAAGCCAACCUGUCAACUACUCAUUUACCUGUACCUAUCAUGCAAACUAUCUGGUGAACCAUGCUGCCUUUGACCAAAGAGUGGCGACAGUUCAUGUGAAGAAUGGCAGUGCUGGUUCCUUUGAAAGCCAGUUGUCUCUCAACUUCUAUUCUAAUGCCAAGUUUUCAAGCAAGAAGGAAGCCCCUUUCAUUGUUGAAACAUCAGAAAUUGGCUCCGAUGUAUUUGCUGGAGUGGAAGCAAAAGGCUUAAGUCAUAGAUUUAAAGUAGUGUUGAGCAAUUGCUGGGCAACCCCUUCCUCAGAAUAUUUCUAUCAAAUCCAAUGGCCUCUGAUAACUAAAGGGUGUGCAACAGAUGAAUCCAUUUUAGUACAUGAAAACGGAAAAAAUAAUCGAGCCACUUUCCAGUUUAAUGCAUUUCGGUUCCGGAAUAUUCCCAAACUUUCCAAGGUGUGGCUGCAUUGUGAAACAUAUGUGUGUGACAGUGAGAAGUUGUUUUGCCCUGUGGUAUGUGCAAAACGGAGAGAACAUAUGGAGCAAACAGGUGGUGUUUUAAUUGCAGAAUUCACUGUGAACAGUAGAGGGUUAUCCAGGAGUUACAAAUUAUCAGUUAUUUCCCAUUUAUUCCUACUACUUGGAAUUUGUGUAAUUUUAGUAUAAUAUUUGAUCCAACUUCAACUGCUGAUUAUUAUACUUGUGGUUCUCUGUUGCUACAAAGAGAUAUUUUGCUCACUUUAAUAUUUUACAUAAAAAUAUUUCUAUGAUAGCUAAAAAGAAUAGUGAUUUGUA